AUGGCAUCCCAACCACUUCCCCCCGACGGGAUUCUGGGAGCCAACUACAACGAAGGAUUGAAACUGGUCGAUGGCGACCAUGACGAGCUCCGCGCCGUCGGCGCCAAGUGGAUCCGCGGCUUCCUGGACAUGCAUCAGAUGGACGUGCCGCACCCAGAGCAAAGACCAAAUAUCAAAGCGGUAUUCCGAGCCAUCGACGCCGGAUUCAAAUUCAUCAUCAGCCUUAAGUGGAACUACCAAGAGCGCGACUUCCCCGUUCCUGGCAGUGCCGAGCAUGUCGCGGAGCUGCAGCUCCUCGAGCGCAUGCUCGCGCUAGUCAUGCCCCGAGUGGACGUGAUGGUGAUCGGGAACGAGCCCUGGAUCGAGGCAAAGCCGGGCCAGCAGAACGAACGACUAAAUGCUUUCUACGAGAGCAUGGCCGACGCGGUGAUCGAUUUCCGCGAGAGAAAUCACCUCCCCACGCGCUUGUACAUGGGCGCCUUGAACAGGCUCGACCUGCCCGCCAAGCGGACACCCGCCAUCGAGCGCUUCCUGCGCUACAUCGCCUCCAAACCGCAGCUCGAUGGUGUCGAUGUCCACCUGCACAUCGCCAAUCUGCCCGCUCACCGCUCAAUGCUGGACUACGUGCUUCCUCGGCUCCGGGCGGAUCAGACCUUCAUCGCGACCGAGUUCUCGCUAAUCUGGCACUGGAAAGCGCAUCUGGGCGACGCGGCUUCGAACUACUUUUGUUCAAAGUAUGGAUUCCCGGCGGGUACGAAGGUGCACGAGGUUAUCAACGCCGCAUUCCAGAACCCGUUCCCCUAUAAGCAGUGGGAGGAAUUCCUUACCAAUGAACCUUGGUAUAUCCAGCGCAGACACUUCAUUACCAAUGCUAUGAAGAUGUAUCGCGAGACGGGUCGGAUGGCUAUUGCGACCUAUUGCUGGAGUCCCGCCCGGCAUAGGACUAAACCCCUGCUGACCACGGAUAACCCGUGGUUCAUGAGUGCUGUGUACUGCACAUCGCCUGUGCAGUUGAAGUCGGAUGGGACGAGAUAUGGGAAUUUCCCGUGGUGGGAGGAAUUCCGGCGGGCUGCGAAUUACCUCUAG